ACUGACCUUUUCCACAGACCGUACAGCUUUGAUGGUGGUAGUAAGCUAAAAAAACAACAAAAAAACAGACCGCAGCCAAGGCCGAGAUGGAGUUACGACUGGGAUUUCGGAUAACCCUGGUCUGGUUCAUCCUGGCCUUGACUCUUUCCAGCAAGAGAGUUGAAGCUCAAAGAGCAGGGUGCAAAAACGUCCACUACGACUUGGCAUUUAUCCUGGAUACCUCAUCCAGCGUGGGGAAGGACAACUUUGAGAAGAUAAGACAAUGGGUGGCCAACUUGGUGGAGUCUUUCGACGUGGGGCCGGACAAGACCAGAGUGGCCGUGGUCCGCUACAGUGACCGAGCCAUCACCGAGUUCAACCUGGGCCGCCACAGGACCCUGGAAGAGGUCAAGCAAGCGGCCCGCAACAUCCGCUACAUAGGGGGGAACACGAUGACGGGGGACGCCAUCAGCUACACCACCGACAACAUCUUCACCGAGCGCAGCGGCGCCAGACCGGCCGCCCGAGGCAUUCAGAGGGUGGCCAUCCUGCUGACCGACGGCCGAAGCCAGGAUUACGUUCUGGAGCCCUCCAAGGCGGCGGCCAAGGCCAACAUCAGGCUGUUCGCCGUGGGCAUCGGCGAGGCGCUGCGAGAGGAGCUGGAGGAGAUCGCCGCCGAGCCCAAGAGCGCCCACGUCUUCCACGUGACCGACUUCAACGCCAUCGACAGAAUCCGGGGCAGGCUCCGGAGGAGGCUGUGCGAGAAUGUCCUGUGUCCAAAAAUGAAAGUUCGGCCUGAUCGCUUUCAGCCCAACAGCACCAGUUAUGGGCUUGAAGAGGUUCCAGGUUUUGACCUGAUGGAGCACUUCAGUGUGAAAGAUAUUCUGGGAAGCCGAGAGGAUGAAGGCCAGAGUUCAUACGUUCGCCUCGGCACCAUGCCCAUAGUGCAGCAAACAGAAGACGUGUUUUCUCAAGGUUUGCCAGAUGAGUACGCCUUUGUCACAACGUUCAAAUUCAGAAAAACCUCAAGACGUGAAGAUUGGUACCUCUGGCAGAUUUUUGACAAAUAUGGAAUCCCACAGGUGUCCAUCCGUCUGGACGGUGAGAACAAGGCGGUGGAGUACAACGCUGUAGGGCUGACAAAAGAUGCUGUCAGGGCCGUGUUCAGGAACCCCGAAGUCGACAAUCUCUUUGAUCGCAAUUGGCAUAAGAUCGCCCUCCGCGUCGAAGCCAAGUCUGUAGCCCUCUACCUGGACUGCAAACACAUCCAGACUCUGCCAAUAGAGGACCGGGAGGACAUAGAUAUCCAGGGGAAGACAGUAAUUGGAAAGAGGCUUUAUGACAGCGUGCCGAUAGACUUUGACCUCCAGAGGAUGAUGAUUUACUGUGAUUCCAAGCAUGCAGAGCUGGAGACCUGCUGUGAUCUCCCCAAUGGGCCUUGUCCGAAGAAAGUUGUGACGGAGGCUCCGCCAGUGCCGAUUCCAUUUCCAACCCCUGCUGUUGUGGAGCAGAAGCGAGGCCCUCAGGCGAACUGCUCGUGCCCUGAAGGGCAGAAGGGAGCCAUCGGUGCACCUGGUGCUGUGGGUCCAAUGGGUGAAAAGGGAGACUUUGGCCCUAAGGGUGCCACCGGACCACCGGGCAUCAAAGGAGACAAAGGAGAAGCUGGCAAAGUUACCUCUGUCAAAGGUGGCAGGGGUGAGAAGGGUGAUAGAGGCAGUAUAGGGUUGACAGGUGCUCCUGGACAAAAGGGAGAGAAGGGCCUCGGGGGCAUUCCAGGUAUCGACGGUUUACCCGGUGACAAAGGAGACAAAGGAGAAGCAGGAUUGUCUGGCACUCCAGGUCAAACUGGUCCAGCUGGACAGAAGGGAAUCCAGGGGGAUGCGGGGAGUCCUGGGGCUCCUGGACUAAAGGGCGUUUCUGGGGAUUCUGGUGGAAAAGGUGAAAAAGGAACUUCAGGAGCCAGGGGUGAAGCUGGUGUGGAUGGAUUUCCGGGAAAACCUGGCCUUCCUGGAAAGGAUGGCUUGAAUGGACUGGUCGGAGCACCCGGGCCCAACGGAAUUAAAGGCGACAAGGGGGAGAGAGGACUUCCUGGAUUACCUGGAGACGUGUUUCAAAAAGAAGGCCUACGAGGUGAAAAGGGAGAAGCUGGGCUUCCUGGGCCUCAAGGACCAGAGGGCCCCCAAGGACCUCCCGGCCCUCCUGGUCUGCAGGGUCUGCCCGGUAGCCCUGGAGAGUAUGGCCAAAGGGGAAAGAAAGGUGAAAAUGGGUUGCCAGGAGUAGAUGGACUUCCUGGACCUCCUGGUCCUCAGGGUCCACUGGGGCCGCCUGGAUUAAAAGGAGAAGUUGGAGCACGUGGUCUCCCGGGAGAAUUUGGAAGAGCAGGUAAAGCAGGAGAGCCUGGGAAGCCUGGUCUUCCGGGGAAAGAUGGUCUGGAUGGACUUCCUGGAAAUGAUGGAACCAUGGGGCCCAGGGGAGAGCGUGGAACAGAUGGGUUUCCUGGGAAGCCUGGACACAAGGGGGAUGAAGGGCCUCCAGGGCCAAGAGGUCCACCAGGGGAGAGAGGAGAAGCUGGUGCUCCUGGGCAAUCAGGUGCAGCUGGUACCAGAGGAGACAGGGGCUUCCCGGGAGAAAGAGGACUGCUGGGUCCAGUUGGGCCAAAAGGCGAUAAGGGUGACAAGGGUGAAGAGGGAGCAAGGGGACUACCUGGAAUUCCAGGAAAUGUUGUAAAUGAGCUCGGAGAACCUGGUAAGCCUGGAGAAAAAGGAGAAAAGGGAGACCAAGGAAAACCAGGAGAGACUGGUCAAAGAGGGUUACCUGGUGAACAGGGUUUUAGGGGACCACCUGGAGCCCCGGGUCCAAAGGGUGAGACUGGACUCACAGGAGAGACGGGACGCGUUGGAGACCCUGGUCCACCUGGGAUAACGGGUCCUCAGGGUGCCCGUGGAUUACCAGGAAGUGUGGGCAUACCAGGGAUCAUUGGGCCUCCUGGUCCAGCCGGACAAAGAGGAGACAAGGGUGAACCAGGUAAACCAGGACAGUCUGGUCCCCAAGGUCCACCUGGAGAGCCCGGUAUGAUAGGACCUCCUGGACCACAAGGGAAAGGAAAAGAUGGGCAAAAUGGGGAACCCGGACCACCGGGAAUUCAAGGACCCCAAGGACCAAAGGGCCUCCAGGGUUUACGUGGACAGCCCGGGUCACCUGGGGACAGGGGUCCUCCAGGAGAAGGCAAAGAGGGACUGCCUGGACCUCCAGGGAAGAAUGGGGAACCGGGAACGGCGGGUUUGAGGGGUCCACCAGGAGUCGCUGGUCCUCAAGGCCCAGCCGGACACAACGGUCUACAGGGAAGGCCGGGAGAAAAGGGAUCACCAGGAGAGCCUGGAAAGGCAGCAGACCUCUCUGACUUGAAUCUGAAGACUGCCCUGCAGGUCCAGCCGGACCGCCUGGACUCCCAGGAAUUCCGGGAGAUAAAGGACACCAGGGACCUCCCGGGAAAAAUGGUGAAGAUGGAUAUCAAGGUUCACCUGGGCUACCUGGACCUCAAGGGCCCCCUGGAGCUGACGGGUAUAAAAGGAGAUCGAGGACCUACGGGAGGCCCUGGAGAUAAAGGAGAUAAGGGUCACCCAGGACCACCCGGCCACCCAGGCCCUGCUGGAUUAAUGGGUGCUCCUGGUAACGAUGGGCAGCCUGGACCUCCAGGCCCCCCAGGGCCCUCUGGAGAAAAGGGCAAAGAAGGUCUCACAGGAAUCCAGGGACCACCGGGUCUUCCUGGCUUGAUAGGCCAACCAGGAAAAAUGGGAAAAGAUGGCAGACCAGGUGAACAGGGAGAACCUGGUAAGCAAGGUGAACCUGGACCUCCAGGAAACUCUGGACUUAGGGGACUUCCCGGUUUCAAAGGCCACAGAGGAGAACCUGGACCUCCAGGAAGCAAGGGAGAAGAUGGAAAGCCUGGGUCACAGGGUCAUGAUGGUAAACCUGGAAAAGAGGGUCCCAAAGGACCUCCAGGCCCAGAUGGGCAUAUUGGACCAAGAGGAGAACAGGGCAAACAAGGCGAACCAGGACCGUCUGGAAAAUCAGGCCUACCUGGAACACCAGGUGUGAGGGGAGACAAGGGAGAGCCGGGCAACCCGGGACUGCCCGGCUUCAGCGGGCCUAAAGGCCCUUCGGGUCCACCCGGUCCUGUUGGCCCCGAGGGAAAACAGGGAAUACCAGGCAGAGCAGGAGAUCGUGGCCUUAAAGGAGAAAAGGGAGACACAGGUACUAAAGGAGAUAAAGGACAGAGUGGAGAUCCAGGUAUGCCUGGAAACCCUGGCCCCCCUGGCAGAAAGGGCCACACUGGGAUGAUGGGCAUGUCGGGACCACCUGGAGAAAUCGGAGCCCCGGGCCCACAGGGCCCUUCAGGAAACCCCGGUCUGCCAGGCGCCAGGGGAGAGUCGGUGUCACUGGAGCAGAUGAGACGGCUCAUCCAAGAGGAGCUCACAAAGCAAUUAGAUGCCAAAAUGGCUUACCUCAUGGCUCAGAUGCAGCCAGCCCACGUGAAGAGUACAGCAGGCCGCCCUGGACCUCCAGGCCCUCCAGGUAAAGACGGCGGCCCCGGGCGACAGGGCCCCCCUGGAGAGCCAGGAAUGCCUGGGCAGAAUGGAGGAGAGGGGCCCAGAGGGCCUUUGGGCCCGAAGGGCCCAGCCGGUCUGCCCGGAUACGGCAAGGAUGGCAGCCCAGGACAAGCCGGAGCCCAGGGGGAGCCAGGGAACCCGGGCCCCCACGGACAACCCGGGCCUCCAGGUCCCCCGGGUCAGUGCGACCCCUCCCAGUGUGCCUAUUACGCCAGCCUGGCACAAAGACCCCACACCAAAAACGUGAAGGGGUAAUAGAGAGGAGGAGAUGCCCAUGGCUGGAAGUCUAGCUGUAUUUAUGAACUUGGUUGUGUCAGUCUGAAUCAAGAACUUCUCUAUUUCAAAGUAACCUCAGUUCGGAGGGUCGAAGCAACAGGUGCUGCCGGUCAGAUUCUUUGUUUUUGUUUUGUGGUACCAAGCCUGGGAUGGUUGGGGAUUAAGCAGCAGGGGAUAUAGGGCGUAGAGGGCAGCUACAUUUUUUUUUUCAUCACUCGCAUGCUUCCUGUAACAUAUAUGGAGGAGAUUAGACCCGACCACUCGCCUCCAAAAGUUUCCCCGCACCGGUUCCCCUUCACUUCCCACAUUGCUCCAUGUCAGAGCCAGCUCACCGGAUGAGUCAUUAAAUCAGUCCCCUCAUUCAUGGGAGUUAUCUGUUUUACUGUCACUAAUGGCUAAAGGGGGGCAGACGGUGUGAGGCAAUGUAAGAUGGUAAUUAGUCACUGUGGAGAGUGAUGAAUGCCCACAUUUGUACACUUCUUGCCUCAAAACCGGUCGCUUUUUUAUUAGUGUUUCGCCCUGUGGAGCUUCAAAACGAAACCAAAUAAAUGGUCCACCCUACAUGAUACAAAUUGGGAUCUCGAUGAUUGAUAAAAAAAGGAUAUCUGAAUUAUUUUACAGAAAAUAUGUUGCAAUAAAUGAGUCUUUUCAACUUGAUGUCCAGUUUCAAGAGAUUUGAAUUUUGUAUUCCAAAACUCUUGUCUAUAUGUUAAAAAUGCUUUGUGUGCCAUUUUUAGGUUGACUUUAAAACAUGGUUAUCUAAACUUGCUUUUCAAAACUUUUGCUUUUGCUUAUCCACCGGAUUCAUCUUAAUACAAAAGCAUCAGUUGGGACGGGAAAAAUCCGUUGGACCAGCACUUUCCUGUUUAAUAAAGUGACUCCGACCAUUUUGUCUUUGAAUGUGAAGGUGCAGCUCUGACACCAUUUAGUUUUAGUGGUGCUGAACCAGAAGACUGGCCUUUUCAGUAUAUUUCCCAUCCUUGGCUCCUAUUCUGUUAAUAUACACACAUGUUAAUAACAGUUUACUCUUCCAUGGAGAUAGCUGAAUUCAAUCGAGAGCCAAACUUGCUUAAUUAAGAUGAAAUGGGACUAAAUAUACGUUUGGGUUUUGGUAAUUCAGCUAAAUAGCAUCAAGCUGUUGUGCCUUGGUAUAUGCAAAUGGUAUUUCACAAACCAACAAUGUAAUGGGGGCCUUCUUUCUCAUCUCUUAUUAGCUGUUUCUCAGCGCCAGUUAAAGAAUUAGGCUCGCUUGCGCUAACACUUCACACCGGCUAUCGUUUUAAACUAGCAGUAUGCUAGGCUAACAAGCUUAUCUGGCAGUUUUAAACAAAAGAUGAUGUUAGCAUUCGGAAUUUUACCUUUUUCUAAUCUUUUCAUUUUGCAUUACAUGUCUAAUAAAAAUGCAGUUGUUGCUUUUUUUGAUGAACCCAGUCAGCUCAGCUUGUUGUUGGUCUCUGAGCUGUCAUUGGUUAGCUAAAAAUGCUGGUCAGCGGCAGUACAUGAUGACUGCAGCCUUCAGUUUUUAAGUGGAGACAAAUUCAAACAUCCACACUACAUUCACAGCUGUUUCUGAUCCUAAAUGACUUGCUUUUUUAUACAUCUGUUAGCUGUGUCUCUAUUAGCAGUUUACUAUUGACCAGUCAGUAUUACUUUUUUUUGUUGUUGUGAUUUUUGUAAAUGCUUGUGAGCAUAACAGUUGAUAGACUUUCCAUUACAGGGAGGAAUUAUGAAUGGCUGCAUACGGCUUAAAAUUUGUAAAGCAUAAAGGCCAUCCUUUAAAUGUUUAAGUUAUACUGCUAAAUUAUUCAUAGUUUAAAUACAAAUGUGUUUUAAUGCAUUAGCCAGAUAUCAUGAUCCCUUUACCUUUAUUUUUCCUGAAUAAUUGGUGCUAAAACAUUUUUGAAAUAGUAGCAUAAUGUAAGUAUUGGAAAGACACCUGUACUGUACUGUAUAAUAAAAACUGGAACAGAUUCAUUUUGUAA